AUGUCCUUAUAUGGAAAGAAUGACUGUCUUAUUCCUCCGAAAUAUGAUUGUGAUUAUACACCAAUGUAUUGUGAAGAAAAUAUCUGGAAAUUAUGUAAGAAGGUAUCAACAUCAUUGGAAGAACUGAGCUGCUGCAGUGCUGUAUUCAUUUCCAACAAAAACCGAACGGUUCCCCUAUGGAAACAACGUGCUGCAGCAAUAGGACGAGAUUAUGUGAUUUGGGAUUAUCAUGUAAUUUUAUUAUAUUCAAAGUCGAAUUCAGUACUGGUCUAUGAUUUCGACACAGCGUUAACUUUUCCUUGUGAUGCUCAAACAUAUUGGACUGAGACAUUUCGUCCUGAACUGAAUUUGGAUGAAAAUUAUCACAGAUACGUUUCAUUUUUUAUCAAAGCUGAGUGUUUUCGAGUUAUUAGUGGCUUACAUUACCUACAGCACUUCUCUUCUGAUCGAAGUCAUAUGCUGGAAACUAAUGGGAAUCACAAGGCACCACCACCUUCUUGGGCUCCUAUAUAUGAUCCAGAUAUCGGCAAUAAUCUUCAUAACUUUAUAUCCAUGGACAGUCAUUUGUUGAAAGAUAUCAGCGAAGUAUAUGAUGAAAAUUCUUUCAGUAAACUCAUUAAUGAACGAUUAAGAAGAAUUAAAUUGAUAAUGUUGCGAUUGGUGAGGCUAAAUCUCGAAAUGGCGACCUCAUUUUGUUAUUUAUUCAGUAUAGGAAGAUUUAAAUUGAGACGUACUUUCACUACUUCAUCGACGGCAAAAAAUAUUAAGCAUUUCUGUGUCGAUCUUGCAAAAAGAAAUCUUAUUUCCACUUCACACCCAUCCAAUUUAUCUGGCGAUGAUUUUAAAUUGGUGUCAACUCUUCCCAAUGUAGUUUACGCAGGAUUUGAUCCUACAGCAGAGAGCCUUCACAUUGGUCAUUUGCUAGUACUAACGAACUUAUUUCGAGCAACUUUACACGGGUGUCAUGCGAUUGCUCUGAUCGGCGGAGCCACUGCUCGAGUUGGGGAUCCAAGCGGUCAUAUUAAAGAUCGGGUCAUUAUUCCGGGUCACGAAAUCGACCAAUACGUUAGCAAAAUUAACUCACAAGUGGUGAAGUUAUUUAAUAAUUUCACAGAAAAUAACAUUCAGCCGAGCAAACAUUUAUCGAUUGUCAACAAUUCUGAUUGGCACUUCAAGAUGAGUUCGACCCAGUUUCUGGAAGUUUGUCGAGAUUUUCGGUUAGGUGAUAUGCUUAGACUGGGAAUGGUCAAGUCUCGGAUGCGUGACGGGUCAGGCCUUUCUUGCACUGAAUUUUUAUAUCAGAUAUUUCAAUCAUAUGAUUGGUACCGCCUUUCACGUGACUAUAACUGUCACUUUCAAAUAGGUGGAAAUGACCAACUGGGCCACUUUGACGCAGGCUAUGAUUACAUAAAGAAGAAAACUGGGAAGCUAUCUGCCAGCAUUUGCUUACCUUUACUUACUGACGCCCAAGGAAAAAAGCUUAGCAAAACUUCAAAAGAAGAUAGUAACAUAUGGCUAGAUGAACGAAAAACAUCGCCUUUUACUUUCUACCAAUAUUUUCGUCAAAAACCAGACUCAGUCAUAGUUCCCUUGCUAAGGUACUUUUCCCUACGAACAAUCGAAGAAAUAGAAGAAAUUGAACGGGAACACCAAACAAAUUUAGGGAAAUGGAUCGCUCAGGAGAAAUUGGCAGAAGAAUUAACGAAGUUUGUACAUGGAAGUAAUGGGUUUAAAAUGGCAAAGCAAUGCUCGGAAAUACUUUUUCAUGGCUCUCUUUCUGAAUGGCGAAAAAUGCCGACAUCGUUUAUAGAAGAACAGUUUGGCAGCGCAUCUGUGCAGCAGCUUUUUCGAUCCAGUUUUUCAACGAUGGGAGAAUUAGCCGAUAGAGUACAUAAUGGUGAGGGAUCUAGCAUAAAUAAGAUGAAAGCAGGAGCUUUGAAGUUGAACGGAAUACGGUUUACGAAUCCUGAUGAAGUGAUCGAUUUUGAUAAGAUUUGUUUGGAUGGCAAAAAUAUUACACUUGUUUGUUGGGGUAAACGAAAGUACCAUUUAGUUAGGUGGAUUGAUUGA